CCCGCCCCGCGUCGAGCGGCAGUCGCGCGCGUCCUCGCUUACCGUGUGGUCGUGUGCGCUUCGUGCGGCGAAUGCUUUUACAUCAAAUACAUCAUAUAAGGUACUCGGGGAACUCGCUUUUGGCGGGUUUUCGCACGGACGUGAGCGGUGAUCGUGAUGCGCUUUGCAUUCGGACACGGAAUGCGUGCGUGUUGUCAGUGCGCUCCGCCUCUUAGUGUGUUUGUGCGGCGUCACAGUGAAAUCUGUGGCGAGGACCACCAGUGAUCUCUUGGAUUGCAGUGUUGGAUCGGAGGAUUGACUUUAAGACGCGACCACAUCAGCUUUUUUGCUAAACUGUCGGUGUGCGUUAGUGGAUGAAACUUUUAUUCAAAUAUGUUCGUUCGUGGUGUUGGUUAAUAAAUAAUAUUGUGCUGUGUUGUGUGAAACAGUGAUAUAUUUAAAACAAUCAGUAUUGAUAAGAGUGAGCCCGCCAUUGCUGGUAUGCAUAUGUGUUAUGAAAGGCCUGGCCUGGUCACCGCCCUGAACGGAAGUGUUGGGUACGACAAGUGGGACCGGGACAGGGGCGGGGGGAGCGGCGGCGGGGGCGCGCCGGCCGCCUGGCCCGGCCGCGACCGCGAGCGCGAUCGAGAGCGCGAGCGGAAGGCGCGCGCGCACCAGAUGUCGCAAGCGCACGCCGCCGAGCCCGACGCAUCGUCGCUCUUCCCGGCGCCGUUCAGGGUAACAGGCAACAGGGAUCGCGUGAGCCAGCAGAUACAGACCAAGCUUGGCGACUACCACCUCGCGCAGUGGUUCAUCGAUGACCCCAGUAAAUCUAUUGGGAUCUGUGCUGAACCUCCCAGUCCUGCACCAUGUCUACCAUCACGGCGAGAGAGCGAGUUCAAGAAGCCAGCUCACGCCCCCCAGAACGGCGUCCGCCAUCACCGCCCCCAUAUCCCGCACAGCAAGAGCGAUGGUUCCGGUUCGACGGGAGCCCCACACAGGCCGCCCCCCAUAAGGAUACCCAACGGUAUCCAGUCACAGAAUGCGAUCGACAGCAGUCAACCGCCAAUAGAAAGUAUUUUAAAGGAGAUGAAGUCUCUGCCGACGCCGUUGUCUGUGAUAGCUGCGACGCCAAGAAAGGAAUUGGAGAACAAAUUCAUCUUCAACCCCUACACAAAUAAGGUCCAAGAGAACCCUCAGUUGGCCGCCAACGAUCUCAAAGCACCCCUACCCAAACCCGGUUUAGACAAUCGGAUAUCGAACUCAAGGAGUUCAGUCUCACCUGAUGUGGUGAACAAGGACCUCGGUUUGUCGGAGAGCGACGAUGAGGUCAACGCCGUGAUUGGACCGCCUAUAUCACCAAUCGGGUCGGCGACACCAAGCUCGGGUAGUUCAUCACCGUCUGAGGAUUCAGAAUCAGAGUCCUCGUCCGCGGAGUCGACGGCCCCUGCGCCAGCGCCGACGGCGGCCGCCCCGGCACCCGCCCCGGCCGCCGCGGCCCCUGCGCCCACGCAACGCUCGUCCUGGGGCCUCUCUAACUUCGCUCCCCCUCCCGCGCAUCCUCCAGACCAGACCUAUGACUCGGGAAAAGAUGUCAGACACGCCCUUGCCGAUAUCAAAGGGAAACCGAGUCCGAUUUCUGAGAUGUCGGAUUCCGAGGCGUCGUCGCCGUCCCCGGACAUUAGACGGAGGCGGUCCAGAGUGUCGGCCGCGUCCAGCGAUGAAGACACGCCUAGGCAUACGACAUCUCCACGCGUGAAAGUGUCGGAGUCGUCAGCGCCGACGGGUGCGGUGAAAAGAGGCCGGCCGCCCAAGGCGCGGGCGUCGGAGGAGCGGCCGCUGAAGAAGCCCCGCGGCCGCGGCCGGCCCCGCAAGCCCAAGCAGGGCUCGUCCCCGGGCGCCGCGCCCCCCGCGCCCCCGGCGCCCGCCCCCGCCCCCGCCCCGCUCCACGACAGUGACGUGGAGCCCGACCCACCGCCACACCAUCAUCCUCUACAAGACACCAAGACGCACAUCUUUCGCAAGGUUUUUACACCAAAAAAGAGCGACGAGUGCGGCGGCAAGGGAGGUAAAGGCGGCAAAGGCAAGGGCGGUAAGGGCAAGGGCCAGGUCACCAUCAUCGAGGUCACCGCGCCCGACGCAGACGACGAGGAGCGACGCAACCACGAGGCACUCGCCCGACUGUCGCCGCCGCACGACGCCAGGCGGCACGACGACCGACACGACCGACACCGUCGCCGCUCCGCCGACCGACUCGACCGACCUGCCAACGACAGAAUACCCAUCGACCGACCCCCCAGCGAUCGAACGAUGGACCGGAUACCCGACCGGACCUCCUACGAGAGAAUACCCUCCGAUCGAAUUGUCAACGAUCGGAUACCGACUGAACGCACCUCCAACGAUCGGAUACCCGAUCGACCGGUCGAUCGGAUAUCGACAGAGCGAACUCCGACCGACCGCGCUUCGGACCGAUCGUCAUCUGCCAGCGAACGGUUAUCGGUGGAUCGGUUAUCCGGCGGACUGUCGUCAGAUCGGCUCGCGGAUCGGCGGUCGUCAGAGCGAGUGCCGAGCGAGAAGAUGUCCAUCGACCGCCUCCCGACCGACAGGGUCACCCUCGACCGACUGUCGGGGGACAGGCCCCACGACAGGAUAUCUGCCGACAAGCUCUCACACGAUCGACUGGCCGACACCAAGGGUAGGUUGGGGGAUAGCAAGCUGGGGCUGGACCGGCUGGACAGCAAGUUGCUGGACAAGUCGCUCGACAAGUCGCUGGACAAGUCGCUGGAGCGUGUGGAGCGCCUGGAGAGGGCGCAGCCCGAGCGGUACGUGCGCGCGGAGGCCGACGUUGGCUCCGGGCUCAAGUCUAACAGGGGGGAGGAUAGACUCGAGGACGCGACUUCCAACGGUCGGUCUCGUCCCCGCCUGAUGGUCCGCCUGUCCCUGUCCCGGCUGCGGCCGGACACGCUGCGCGCGCUGCAGCGGCCGGCGCGGCGCGCGCCCGUCAAGCGCCCGCACUCACCUCUACCCGAGCAGGGUGGCGAGGUAGCGGCAACAAACCACGAGCGGACAGAAACGUACCCGGGACAGACUCCCAUAUACUUCUCAUACUUCGAGAGACUACCCGCCGACGCACUGUCCGACGAGGAGAGGGAUCAUAAGUACUACCUAGAAGAAGCAACGCGUCUCCGCGCGGCCGCUGAGAAGGAACAAGAACCUCUACCGCGCGUUAUGCGUUACCUAGAGUCGGUACUAUGCUUCGUUCUGACCGGGCGAGUGCUGGAGCUAGAGCUCGACACUAAAGGAGCCUUCACCAUCUACCGAGAGACCAUCGAGUACAUCAAGAGUAUACACUCCAUGCCACAACGCUUCCGUGCCAGUCCGCACGAUACCUUCAACAAACUGGAUAUACUGAGUCUCCGAGUCCAAGCUCUCCUGUACCUGCGCAUGUUCAAGAUGUACAAUCGCGAAGUGAAGGAGUACAACAAGAUAGUCCACGAGUACCAACAGAAGCCGGCGCUAGCGGAGUCUGUAUCCCCGCUAUCCCCGACCCCGUCCCCCGCGGGGUCGGUGGGGUCCGUGGGUUCCGGGUCUGCAUCGUCCGGGUAUUGUUCCCUGGCCCACUCAGUCCCUGCGCACGCGCACCAAGCGUUGUUGCUCCUCAACAAGUACUACGCCUUCCUGUACGUCGCGCACGACCUGUGGGAACAAGCUGAUUCCUUGUGUCGUCUCAGGGCUAAUAGAGAUCUGUUCAUAGCGGUGGACCGCAAGUGCGGGCCGCUGUCGCUGUCGUCGACGUUCCGCCACCUCGUGCAGUACGUGCGCCACGCCAUCUCGCUGCUGAAGCUGGCGCCCCGGGACUGACGCCGCGCCGCCCGCCACUGGUAACCAGACCCUAUCUCCGACGCAUAAGCACCAAAAUCCAACACACUGUGACACGCAAAACUACCUAUAAAGCACUCCUUUAUACGUAGUCUUGCAUUACAUUUAAGAUUGUCAAAACGAAUUGUUAGUAUGUGUUAGUAAACUGCACUCGUGAUUUGGGCAGUUCUGAUUUAAUAAACAUAUCCUUAAUUGAAUGAUAAUGGAUAUUUUCUGAAGUGCGUUUACUAAUACAGACGUUUUGUCACAAUAUGUGUGUUCGUAGCGAUCUGUAUGUGCUAUUGUAGUUAGGUAACUUUGGAUGAUUGCGUGCAUGCGCAUCGCUACGGUACUAGUUCGGUGCUCGCAUUUACUUGGAGAUAUUGGGCCGCACCAGUCGGCGAGAUGUAUGAUAAACUCAGCAAUAUUUACCGAAGAGAUGAUGGUAACAUUACCUACAUUGAAACUAUCCCUGUAUAUGAAACCGGUUCCGAUGCAUCGGUUACCUCGCAGCGAGCCACGAGAAUGCGAGAGUAACGCGGACAGAUCCGCUGUGUCACUCGACAAUAUCACUCAACUCAAGUCUUCGCAUUUCGUUCUCUUCCCAAAUCGAUGACCAAAAAACAAAAUGUAAAAAUUUGUAAGAAAAUUGUAAAUAAGGCAUCGUUGCGUAGCAACGGGCGAGCGAGUCCGAUUUGAUUACCGACUCUGUAUCAUAAGUGAUAGACUAAUCAUAUCUUAAGUGUUUUGCGUUGUAGUUUUACUUCCCUACCAAUGGAAACGUUUUACUGUCGGGAACACAUAUACUAAUUGCUCGUUUGUUAGUGUAAUGGGAGCUAUACGACAAAAAUAAUUUUUUGAUCGCAUGUGGGCCAAUCGAGUAUAUUAAUAUAACUCAACAUGUAUGGGAUCACUUGUAGGUCUUCGCAAUAAUUUACAGAUUUAUACUUUCGCAAUGUUGAUUUACGCGAGUGACGUGCGUGUCAUUUGUUUUAUAAUUUAGUUUAGAUGUAUAAUUGUAGUGCAACGACUUUAGUAUCGGGGCGACCUCCAACGCAUUCGGGAACUAUACAGAGCUGCGCGGCGGGAGACAUGGCGGACGGUGGUUAGGCGGAUACAACACCAACUAGCUUAGAUUAUUGAUUGUUACGAUAUUUUAAAAGAACGUUGAAUAAGGUGCAAUAUGCAAUAUCGGCGCACGAUUAACUAAAUUGACUGUGACUAGGCAAUGAAGUGAUAUUUCAUCUACCUCAUGAAAUAAGGUCGCUACUUAACAUAGAGUCCGCUCUAUACGUGUAUUCACUAUGCUUCCGCACUACGAGACUUCCAAACGGCACGACACACAAUGACUUACACUUGUAAUAUGAGAAUGAAUUGAACGAUGUCUUAAUGAAAUUGAUCCGAUUGGCUGAAUUCCAAGUCAUUGUUAGGAACUUUGAUAGUUAUACUUUAUACUGGCAUUCAUGGACUCAUGGAGCCAAAAUUAUCGUUGUGAAAAUUAAAGACGCUAGCUACAGUUUUAAGGAAUUAAGUUAAAUUAAUUUAGAUGAUGUAACACGCCCGCCAUGGCUCAGCGCCGCGCAGAGAGCGAACAAUCCGCCGGGACACAGGUUCCCAGUACCACACGUCAUAGGUAGCAGAAUACUUACUGAACAAUGAUUGAGCAAAACCCUGUUUAUGGUCAUGUCUUAAUAUAAACAUUUUUUCGUAUACAUAUCAAAUAAUUUGGGGACAAAUCAGGUAGUUUCAUUAUGAAUGUAAUCGAUGGCGAUCUAUAUAAUUUUGUACGCUUAGAAAUGGUAAAGUACGCGAUCAAGACAGUCGUUGGUCUCUGAUCAUCGCAUUAUACACAUUAUUUGGAGUGACAAUAAUACUCUGCUAGGGGAGCUAGAUUCGUUUAUAUGUAAAGUCCACUGCCCUUCGGAACGCGACGCAACGCGACGCAACGCGACUUCGUCGAGUGCAAUCCUGAACAAAUCAAAAUGAAUAUUCCUUUCGUUUUAUAAUAAAAAAAGUUCAAAAUAUAUUUUAAUGAAUACUUUUGAAGAGUACAAUAUAUGCUUGACAUGAACAGAUUUGACUCUGCAACAAAGUGUCCGUAACACCAAUAUAUUAUAUAUUCCUCUCGGUUGUUUAUCAAAUUUAUGUUGUGAUUGUAUAUACAUAAUAUUAUUAUAUUAUACAUUUUGUAAUGAAUAUACAUGUUAGUGCCAGAUAGGUUUUUGUAUGAACGUUUAUAGUAAGAGAGGUGAGGGGGCGAUCCGCCGGCUACAUGUCUUAAGGAGCGACUAGAGAUGCCUUGUACAUAGUAUAAUGUAAGAAAUGUGUAGUUUUCACUCUAUAUUUUAAUUUAUAUGUAAACUAUAUUUAUAGCUAAGCGGACAAGGAGAAAUUAACAUAAUAAUGUUUGUAUAAUGGUGCGUGUUUCGAUGUGAGGCCUGGCGUGAGAGUGGACUACGAGUGUACGUGAGCUUGCAGCGUUCACUUCUAGUGUUUGUACAUUGUACACUGUGCAUUGUACAUUGUACACUGUACACUGUACAUUGUACGUCGUAGGUUAGUGGGAGCGGUCGGCGAGUCUCGCGGCACGUUACCAGCUAGUUACCGCACUGGGCCACUACCAGCGCAUACUUCAAUACUUAACGUCCGUCCGUACGUUCACUCGCUCAGUGACUACACCAACACUGGUCAGCCAACGCAGUGCUCCACACAGCAAUAAAUACUUAAACUCAAGAGCACCGCCAACUAAAGUACCUCUACUGUCCUCGCAUAGAUAUACAUCACACAAAUAGUACCGGGAAUAUUUCCAAACAAAGAUAAAGUAAGUUUUAUAGCAAUUCUUCAAAAUCGAGACUAUGUUCUGUGUGUUCAAAUAUGCCAAGUGAAGUUGUCACUUGUUGUUGGGAGGCGAAUUGAAUAUGUUUUGGACAGUACUGGUACAUUUAUGACCAGUGUCGUGUGUACACAGAAUAGUAUUGAACGUACAGGAUGUAUUUAUUUAACGUAACGUUUAUUUCGUUCGUCUUAAUUCGAAAUAUUCGCAGCAACAUUAACAUAGUCUCGUCACCGUCGGUACUUACACCCGCACAAAUGUUUUAAUUUAAAUUUUAGUUGAUUAUUUAAUUUAUUGUGGCAUUGUAUUACUUUUAAUUUUACUGCACAUGAUGCGAAGUUUACUUAAAUUGUAGAAGUUAUUGCGAGGCGUUAUAUCAAAGAUCUGGCAAUGUCGAGUCGAGCGAUAUCACGCGUGACGUCGCCUCGACUUGUCGACUCGUGGUAAUGCAAACAUUGCUUUUUAUUUAUUAUUUUCAAUCAAAAUCAUAAAUUUCAUCUCGUAAGGGAACUCGCGUAUAUGUACUUGGUUUUUGUUAAUCGUUAUAGUUCGUAAUGAGUUAUAAUACAAUUAUUAUUAUUAUUUUUGUUUUGUUGCUUAUUUUUUGUGGUUAAGCUAUUAUUUUGGCCUUAAUAUUAAAAGUAUCACAAAAUUACCAUUGACAAAAGAACUGUGAUCAAUAUUUUACUUACAAAUCCACAAGUUUUAAUCUUAAAUGAAGAAUCGAUUACUUAAUCUCCCCACUUUUAAUGUUGUUGAAGUUGUUUAGGUCGGAGUGACCUAUAGAGUGCGCCACUAGCGGACUGGCUUACUUAUUAAGUUGUCUAAGUCCCCCCUGUAGUGUCAAUGGAUUACUUAAUUACAUUAGUUCUUUCCUCGUACCUACGGGUACCAUAUUCUGACCACCAUGAGGUACAUCCUAAAUCAAAUGAGCCUAAAAUUGAAACCAAAUUGACAAUUAAUAUACUAAGAUGAUGAACAAGUGAGCGCUGGUUAUGAAGCAUUAGGCGAUUGUUUUAGGAAAUUGUAAAAUACUGUUUUCUUUUUUAAUAGCAUCUUGUGUUGAUAGCAUGUAUAAUUUGUUUUUUUUUUAUUCGCGUUAAGAAUUAUGUAUAAAUUUGUUUUCCUUUAAUUUUAUUAUUUGUGUAACUAUACCUUAUGUUAUUGAUAAUAGAAUACAUUAAUUUUAUGUAUCGAUUUAUAUUUGUUUCUUUAUUUUACCUUUUUCCUUUUGGUUGAGCAUGUGUGUGUGGCUAGCAGACUCGAUAGUCAGUCAGUCAGUCAGUCAGUAGUGCGUGGGCGGGCGGGUAGUGGAUGCGAGAGAGUCGGACGCUUUAGUUAAGUCAUAGUGUAAUACAAAAUGCCUUUCGUCAAUUUUGCCAUUUCGAGACACCAUGUCGCCGCAAUCGCGCGGCCCUACAAGCUAUUGCAAUAAUAUCGUUCAGCGCAGAUGUGAUCGUCAGUAAUGCCUUAUAGCAAGUGUCUUUCAGCUGCAGAUUUUAGAGUAAUUUUGAAGCAGUAUAUACAGUAAGUACCGCGGGCCCGGUGCAGCGCGACAGUAAGUCAAUCUAUGUGAGACGGACGCGCUUUACAUUAGUCCUAGAUUAUAACUCGCGACUGUACAUAAGUAGGAUAUAAUACGAGGUACCUGUAUACACCGCAACACCAAUACCUACUUAUUGCAGAUAUAUUUAUACAUCAGAAUAUCAUAUUUAUACAUCGGCUUCUACACUAUAUUUUAAUAAAUAGUCAAUGUUUUGUUGAUCGGUUAUAAAGUAAUUAUAAAUAAGAUUUAAUACAUAAUGUUGGUGUUAGAUUACCUAGGUUAACGAUACAAAGUACAAUGGUAUGUAGUUACUGAAAUAUAAAGAAAAGCAAUAAUAUUUUAGUCGAUUGACUGGAGGCGGCGGCUUCCAGGCUAUUAAAGGCCAGGAGACAUGCUAGCAUUCGCUUCCACUACUGAGCAAGCGUUAAAGGAGUGGUACACAUAAUGGAGAUAUAAAGGAUUGCGUAUAUGUCUUGUUAAACUGCCUACAACUGUCGCCGCUGUACCGCGCCCGAGGUACGAACACAGUUUGCAGAGUAUAUCAAUUAUAAAGCUAAUAUAUGAGUAUAUUUGUACGUUAGUCUGUGUGUCGUCGUUAGAUUCGUGUUGGACCGCUGCAAGCUCCUCGCUGCGGGCCGCGAGCCGGCCCUAGCAACGCGCUUUGUAUACGAUAGAUAUAAUAGUUUUGCGAUACAUAUGUUUAUGCAGCGAUCACCUGAUCAGUUAGAGUAUUCAUUCAUAGUACUUUCACUUAUAUUUAUAGUUGACGUUAAUGCUUUAGUGUAGGUUAUAAUCGACAUUGUGCUUUACUAAGAGGCUAGUAAGGUUCAUAUUAGUAAUUACACAGUUGUGUUCAUACUUUGCAGAAACAAAACACACAAGUUAGUAUGAUGGUCAAAUAUCGAAUGAAACUGUUGUCAGUUUAUCCAUAGAAUUACAACAGAACAUUUUAAACAUACUUAUUAUAUACUUGAAAAUGAAUUGCAAACAGUACAUUGAUGAGAUGUAGUAGAUAUAGAUAAAUGUGUUCAAUACAGCAAUAUACAGCAGUUAUUCAAUUUGGCAAAUAUUGUAAAGUUGUCAAAGAAAUUUAUAUAAUUAUUUAUAUUAUAUGUUAUAUAGAGCAAUUAUUGUUAUUAUUGCAUUAUAUAUUAUGUUAUUACCCUUAGCCGAUUGUGGUCCGUAGAUAAAAAGCAAUCCUAAUAUAAGAAUUCUAUGGAAUCUGUAUAAGGCUAUGACUACAACCUAGUCGGGUAAAGACUAAGAAAAAGAUAAAUAAUGCUAUUGUUUUUGUUGUUAUUCUAUUGCCACCUAGAAAAGCACAAUGUCUCAGUUACUAAGACAUCACAUCACAUAAAAAUAUGCUUAAUUAAAUAUUUCGGGAAAAUAAAAGAAAGAGUGCCUAAUAAAAUAGGUAUCGAUAUCGAUUAACAAUUACGUUGAACAAGCCACGAAAAAGUCGAUAAAAAUUUUAUCGAUAAGUUACAAGUCGCAUCCUUAUUGGUUAUUUUAGUUACAAUUUCUUGUUUAUUUAUGAUUUAAGUAGAAAAAAUGUUUGUUCGUUGAUAUCAACUAUAGGUAUAGGUUUGAGACAGGCGAAUCCAUUGCAAAUCUUCAAUUAAUUCCAUGAAAUUAAAGUAUGUGAAAUUUUGUGAAAAUAAACUUAGUUGUUAUGAAGUAAAUAAUUUAAUUUCGCUGUUUAUUGGACUUCUUUAUAAAUAAACAAUAAUUUCAUUUUAGUUAUAGAAUUGUUUGUCAUAUGAAAUUAACACCAAUAGAAAUAACACAAACACGGCUAUAGCUAUAAUGAGAUUAUUUGUGAUUUCAAUUUGUGAGCUCAACAAGAGCUUAAUCAAAGCAAGCGAAACAUUACCUUAGUAAAAUAUUUAAAGUAUUGCCUGUUAACAAUAUUAUAGUUACUGUUAUCAUUGCUAUACCUAAUUAGAAGUUUAUUGUAAUCAUUCAUUUACCAACAACAAAUUAAUAUAGAUGUUACAUUAAGAUAGAUGACACUGCAACCUGCAAUUUUAUACACCAAGCAAUUAUACUAUAAGUUACCGUAAGCAAGCCAUUAAAACACAAACGUUGUAUAUUCUAAACUAUCGACGGAAUUCUAAAUUGAAUGUCGUAUAUAGUAACGAAUUGUAUGUACUCGCACAUUGAAUAUUUUUGCAGUGAUUUUGAUACGACGACCUGUAUUGAGGAGUACCUUCACAACACUCCCAGCCUUGGUGUGAGAGGGGAAUUGAAUUCGUUUAUUUUAGAUUUAAAUAUGUAAAGUUCAAAUGGGAAAUUUAAAUUGUGCCUUAGUGACAAAUCGUUUAGCCUCCAAUUUCGUUUGGAAUCUCUCGAGAGACGUGGUUAAGAGAUGUGUUAUUUUUCAUCAGUGUCGAUCGGAAUCAAAUACGUUCUGAUACUCACUGCACUGUACAGUACUCGCACUAUGUAAAUGCUAUACAGUGGUUUACUGAAAACCCCUUCCGGACUUAUAGUUGAACUAAAUUAAUGCAAUAAUAUUUAAACAAUAUUUUUGUUUUAUUGGAUGUUGUGAUUGAUUAUAUUUACAAUUAUAUAUUAUACGUAGAGCAGUAUGUAUAUGUCGUAGCAAUAACUUUAAGUGUGGCAAUAAGAUAUAGUGCAUUUGCUUUUGUGUCUCGAGUAAAUAAAUGAAACGAUGUAUAUGCAUAGAGUACCCAGUGGCGACUAGUCGAGCCGGCGCUGUACACUGCUUACAUCAUCAUGUACGUACAAUAAGUUCAAAUUCUUGACGUUUUAAAAAUAUAUUUAUAUUUUAUAAUAUAUUAUCUCAAGUGAAAGUAAUUAGUUACGUAGUGAAUCGAAUGUAUCGAGUAUCGUGUGUCUGGUCAAUGUUCGUUACGUUCAAGCGCAGCGCAGCUUGCCGCAGCGCUCCCGCAGCGUGGGCGCUCCGAGGACGCUCCGAGGACGCUGCGCGAGCUGCAGCUACGCGGCGCGCCAUCUUGAACCUACUUUCUAUACGAGUCUGUCGCUUACAUCGCACGUUUCCUCUCACUGUCCUCUCUCUUGUGUUACUACAUGUCCGAGACAAAUUAUUAGCGUAAGUCAAAGUGCCAAGAGUCGCGAAUCCUUUCCUAAGUCCAAUUCCUUCUCAAUUACUCUGUACCUACCUGUAUAUGUAUGUACGUCAGUUAGUUCACGCACACACGACGGACGUGUCGUCUCGCUUAGCCAAACUUGUCUAUUACUACGGGAUACUUUUAAUUAGAAACAAUUUUAUUAUUGUAACGUUCGAGCUUUAGCAAAGUUGCGUGUGUCUACAAACUGUUGAACGUGUCGUUAUGUUUGUAUUGUUUAAUAUUUCCUUCUCUCACUUCCUUCCACCAUUUUGAAAGUGUCCCGCAAGUCAAAGUGAGAAAAUAAUAGUGUAUAAAUUAACGAAUCCCAUAACGUUUAACUUAACGAUACUAGCAGCUAAUGUUAAUGAUAUUCUAAAUUAUGUUUUGUAGUGGAUGUUUUAUUCUCGAUAUGAUAGCGUAAAGUACGGAGGUGGUCUUCGUAUGUUAACAAAUAUUAGAGCAAAUGUAAGUGGCGACCUCUCGCGGUGGAUUCGUGGGGAUGUGAUAGGCAGCGAAUCAGUCGCGAGGGUUCGAAGCCGGGGCGGUGCCUGCGCCGCGCCUCAGUCCCGGGACAGGGCGGGGAGCAGCGCACCGGCUAGUAAACCGACGUCGGGCCUUCGCUGUAACACACAUAGCGGCACGAGCCGAUGUUACGUACAUUUGUAACGAGUAGAACGCGUGUAUUAAAAUAAGGGACAAACAAAUUAUAGUAUAAAAUUGUUUACCAGACGCCCCGUAUCGGGCGUUAGACGAAAAUAUUAUUUUUCUUAGAUCACAUUAUAUUGUAAUAAAAUGGUAUAGAAGUAUGCGUGCGGCUGUGCGUCGGGGCAGCGAUGCGCGCGCACAGAUUAAAAAAUGUUAUUUUUUUACGAGCGCGGCAACACGCCGCCCGGACGCAACGCAAGCACUCGUAUUUGUUAUGUUUAAGAGGAAAUAUCUAUUGUCUAUUCCAAGGGUUGAAUAACUACCAACACUUUUUUAUAUUACAAUAAUUAUAGAAAUUAUU